AUGAGCUGGAGGAGAGGGGGAGGGGGAGGGGACGGGGCCGUGGCCAGGCGGUGGGUGCUCCUGCUCUGUGCCGGGAGCUUCUCCCUCGGCCUGCUCUUCACCUCCGGGAUGUGGACAUUGCCAGAGGCAACCGAGGUUGCCAAGCCAAACGAAAGAAGAGGGAAAGAAGCCGAGCUCGCCGCCAUAGACUGUGAUUCUACUAAGGUCGGGCAGAAGCAGGAUUUCAGAGAUACGCUGCAGGCCUUGGACACUCACAACGCUGUACAGACACUGGACAAGACGAUAGCGAAUUUGGAGACAGAGCUUUCGGCUGCGAGGACGCUGCAGGAGUCAUUCCUCAAUGGCUCCCCGGUUUCGCAGGAGUACAAGGCCUCCGAGUCGACCGGAAGGCGGAAAUACCUCAUGGUCAUCGGCAUCAACACGGCUUUCAGUAGCCGUAAGAGGAGGGAUUCCAUCCGCAACACCUGGAUGCCACAAGGAGAGAAGAGGAAAAAACUUGAAGAAGAGAAGGGCAUCAUAAUUCGUUUUGUCAUUGGUCACAGUGCUAUUUCAGGUGGAAUUGUCGAUAGAGCAAUCGCGGCAGAGGAUAGGAAACACGGAGACUUCAUGAGGCUUGUAGGCUUGAAUUUAUCUGCUUUACUAAGAGAUCAUGUGGAAGGAUACCUUGAAUUAUCUGGAAAAACCAAGACAUACUUUGCGACGGCUGUUGCUUUAUGGGACGCUAACUUCUAUGUCAAAGUUGAUGAUGAUGUGCAUGUAAAUAUAGCCACCCUUGGGCAGAUUUUGUCCAAGCAUAUUUCGAGGCCCAGGGUAUAUACUGGAUGCAUGAAGUCUGGUCCUGUCCUAUCCGACAAGGAAGUCAGAUAUUAUGAACCCGAGCACUGGAAAUUCGGGGAUAAAUAUUUCCGACAUGCCACCGGUCAGCUAUAUGCUAUUUCAAAAGAUUUGGCAACCUACAUCUCCGUAAAUAAACAUGUGUUGCACAAGUAUGUCAACGAGGAUGUCUCUUUGGGGGCUUGGUUCAUAGGGUUAGAUGUUGAGCAUAUUGAUGACCGUCGUCUUUGCUGCGGUACUCCACCCGAUUGCGAGUGGAAAGCCCAGGCGGGGAACACCUGCGCAGCAUCAUUCGACUGGAGAUGCAGCGGCAUAUGCAACACCGUGGAGAACAUCCAGGGGGUGCACAACAAAUGCGGGGAGAGCGAAAAGGCGCUCUGGACCGCUUCUUUCUAA